AUGUCGGCUACUUCCGUGCACUCGCCGCUAAGUAGCGGGACGUACACGCUAUCAGCAGACUCGUUAAUAGCUGGAACUCUCUCCGUAGCCGCGGUUCUUCUGCCAAUCCAGUUCGACAGGAUGUUCUGCCUCGUCGUGCUCGCAGCGCUCCUGCUGCUGUCGCUAGCGUUUCUCAGACGGUCCUCGAGUCGCCAUAACGAGCUCUCGCUCGAGUGGGAAACCGGCCGGCGAAAAGCGAGGCAGCCGUUUAAGCGGUCUCCGGAAUUUUACUCGCGAAGACAGUAUAGGAGUGACAGGGCGCGAGUCGAGACAAAUAGCUGUCUGGCCUUGUCCGCUCACGACUUGCACUGGGAAUACUACGGUGUGACGUCAUCAGAGGACUAUUUCAUCAACUCGCGAGGCGUCGAGCUCUUCACGAAGCAAUGGCUUCCCAUCGACGGUCGUCUGCGUGGCGUUGUCUUUUACUGCCACGGCUACGGCGACACCUGCUCGUACGCGUUUGAGGACGUCGCGAUACGGUUGGCUGCGUCCGGUUACGCGGUAGAAUCUUUGGAUUACGAAGGUUUUGGCCUGUCUGCGGGGCUGCACGGGUUUAUUCCGCGAUUCGACAACCUCGUGGAUGACGUCACGGAAUUCACUGCUUCGCUGAGAGCUCGGCCAUCCCUCGCGCACCUCCCGUUCUUUCUCUACGGCGAGUCCAUGGGCGGAGCAGUGGCGCUCCUCACGCAUCUGCGCCAGCCGUCCUCGUGGCAGGGCGCAAUCCUCGCAGCUCCCAUGUGCAAGAUCGCACCAGAGAUGAUGCCUCCUAAACCCGUCGUCACCACCUUAUCCCUCCUCGCGAGCAUCUUCCCGCGAGCAAAGCUGGUCCCGACCAGGGAAAUUGCAGAGAUCGGGUUCCGGGAUCCAGUUAAAAGGACGAGACUGUGCGAGAAUCCGGUGGGGUAUGGCGGGAAGCCGAGGCUACAAACGGCGCUACAGAUGCUGAAGGCGACGCAGCGGAUUGGCCGGGAUCUGGAUAAGGUUUCGCUGCCGUUUCUCCUGAUGCACGGUGCAGCAGAUGCGGUCACGGAUCCUGCAGUUAGUGAGGCGCUUUUCCAGCAGGCUUGUAGCGGGGAUAAGACUUUUAGGCUGUACGAGGGAUGCUGGCAUGGGUUGACGACAGCAGAGCCUGAUGACGUGAUUGCGAGAAUUCUGGACGAUAUGGUUUCCUGGUUACACGCCCGAAGCUUGCAUCCGAGCCUCCUGCCAAGUUUCCGGCUCAAUGCGUAUGCUGCUGCGGCUGCGGCAGCUGCUGGGUGGUCCUCGGUGGCCGCCAUGGAUGCAACCGCCAUCAGUGCACGCUUUCCGGAGCUCUCCACCUCCUCCGUCAUGCACGCUCGCUCGAGGGUUUCGUGUUGUUCCUUGACUUCGUCGGAGUUCGCCGGCGCACGCCUUGCCCCGUUAAGAGUGAACUCGCUUUCCUCUAACAAGCCCAGAGCAGCACCGGUCCUCGUCACCGCGAAUAUGAAGAGGAACCCGAAGCGACUCAAAUACGCGGGAGGCUCACGGCCGGCCAACGAAGUGGACGUGGUGACCGUUGACCCGUCAGGCUCCGAUGCUUCGUGGAAGCUCCGUGGAAUAGCGGAUUUGAUCAAGGAAGGCGCCGUUGGGCUCAUUCCGACUGACACUGUAUAUGCCCUGGUUUGUGACGUCAAGAACCGAGACGCCAUUGACAGACUCUACCGCAUCAAGCAGUUGGACCCCAAAAAGCCUCUGAGUAUCCUCUGCCGCAAUUUCCAAGACAUUGACACCUACACAUUGGGCUUUCCCCGUGGCAACGGUCAUGGGCAGACAAACAUUUUCCGGGCUGCCCGACAAUGCCUACCUGGACCUUACACGUUCAUUCUCAAGGCGAGCAAGGCCAUGCCGAAGCAGUGCACGACAUUCGGCGGCAGUGCAGUAGCGCACUGUGCGCCCAGGAAGAGCGUGGGGGUGAGGAUGCCUCUGGACCCCAUCUGCCAUGCUCUGCUUGAACUCCUGGACGAUCCUCUCCUCUGCACCAGUGCCACCAAGAGCUCAGAUGAUCGCUGGCUGCUGGACCCCUCAGUGGUUGGACUCACCUACCGUUCUGAAGAUGGUGCAGAGGGUGUGGAUUUCAUUGUGGACGGAGGCGCUCGCAUGCCAGAGCCAUCCACAGUGGUGGAUAUGACAGGCGACAGGCCAGUGCUGCUGCGGCGAGGACAGGUGGUGACAAUACCGGAUGACGGAUCUGCCAAUAGAGACAAUCAGAGCAGCAAAGGCAAGGAUGUGAAUGUAGAGAGGAGCAAAACGAGAUGGUGGGAGGCUGCAGGAAGAGGAGGAUGGAGAGGAAGGGAGAGUCCAAGCGGAAAGGGAAAGGAUGGCAUUGGCGCUAAGGGGUCGCGAGGAACGGAGGGAGGAAGCGGGAGGUUGAAUGCAAGAGGCAACGGUAGAGGACGGGGGAGCGUAGGCAUUCUGGAGAACCAAUCAACAGCGAGCCGAUCAGCAACGAGCCAAUCAGGAGCGGCAGGCCAAUCCGUAACAGCGGGGACAGGGGAGAGGCAGCUGGCGGUGGGAGAAGAGAUUGGUCAUCUGUCAAGGGCAGUGGCUCAGGUUCUGGCUCCAGUCAUGGAUCAACAUGGUGACGUGAUAUUCGAGGGCGUCAUCACCUCUACCCCAUCCUCCCCUCUCUGCCGUGUCCUUGUCAAAAUUACUCCGUUCCUCCACCACACACCUUCGCCAGACACACCCAGCCUUCCCCCUCCAGCCAGCACCUCACAAUCAGCAGUCAUCCACACCCCUUCACCAGUCACACCCAGCCUUCCUCCCGCAGCCAUCUCGUCACAGCCAGCAGGCAUCCACACACCCUUUCCAGGUUCAGCCAGCCUUCCUCCCCCAGCCAUCUCCUCACAACCAGCAGGCAUUCACACACCUUCCCCAGACACAGCCAGCCUUCCUCCUCCAACCGUCACCUCAGAACCAGCAGGCCCACGUGGCACCUGUGUGCCUUCCGCUUCCAGAGCCUCAUUUCUCUCCACGUGGCAGUUUGUCAUAGAUGCCACGUCACUAGUCCAAAAGCCCGUGUGGACCGAGGAAGGGGAAGGAGAAGUGGAGAUGGAAGGAUGGGGAGGAGAAGGGGAGAUGCGAGUGAGGAACUUCAGCGUGAUGCUGAGAACUGUGUUGGAAUCAGAUGGGCACCUCUUUUUACCCGAGGAGAAGGAGCUGUUGGGCCCCUGGUUCCUCCUCUCCUCUCUUACCAAGUACCUUUCAGACUCCUCAACGUUACUUUCUCCCUGCUCUUUCCCGUUCUCCACUCCAAUCUCUCUUUCUCACCUCCCCACCACCCUCCCAGGCCCCUGGUUCCUCCUCUCCUCCCUUACCAAGUACCUUCCAGAGCUUCCACCUGUCACUUCAGCAUCCACAGCAGCAGCAGCAGCAGCAGCAGCCAGAGGAUCAGCCACAGCAGCAGCAGUGGAGGAGGAGAGAGCAGGGUCAGCAGCUGCUGCUCUUCACUCGGCUGUGCUCUCCCUUUGCGCGGCGGAGUGGUGCGAGUCUGGGCUUGAACAGGACUGGCCACCCCCUCCGUCUGAGGAGCCAGAAGGACCGGCUGCAGCAGUGUCACCAGCACCAGCACCAGCACCAGCAGCAGCAGCAGCAGCAGCAACCGCAGCAGCGGCAGCAGCAGCGGCAGCAGCAGCGGAAGCGAGCAGGGUGACAGCACCAGCUGCUUCAGACACAUUUUUAAGUGCACCUGGAAGCAUGCUAACUCUCGAAGCAGCAGUGGCAGUGACUCACCGCCUGCUGCCCUUGCACCACCUGCGCUCCCUCGCUCUCUCCUUCAACCUCCAGGCACAAGCUCUCAAAUGCCAUCCUCGCCCUCUCUGGCACAAGCUCUCACGCGCCAUCCUCGCCCUCUCUGGCCCCUGCCUCCGCAUCUCCCCUCGCAUCACCCGCCUCCUUGCCCGAGUACAGCUCCCGUCCCAUGCUGUACACCCCGUUCCUCUCAAACAAUACACCCUUGGCUUCAUCUCCACCCCUGUUUCCCCUUCCUCAUCCCAGCGUCUCUUCUUCCUCAACUCCUCACAAUCCCUCACCAACCGUCUCUUCUUUCUCAACUCCUCCCAAUCCCUCACCACCUUUCUGCUCGUCGAUCUCGGCUUGCGUCGCUACCCCUCCUACCGCUGUGACCGAUCUGCACCGAUCUUCACCUCUCGGGAGGAGCUUUUAGCGUACGAGCAGGUUAGUGCUCUCCAUUUGAAGGCGUGUGAAGUGUUGGAAACGGUGGAGAGGAUUGUUGGGGUGAAUUCAUCGGUGGAGGGAGACAGGCAGGGGCGAGCGGCAGGAGGAGCAGGGCCGAACGGAGUGGGAGGGAAGGCAGGAGGUGGGAGAGGGAGCGGAAGUGGGAGCGGCAGCGGAGGUGGGAGAGGGAGUGGAAGUGGGGGUGGAAGUGGUGGGAGUGAGAAGCGGAAAGCGGCACAAAAUGUGGGAGAAGGGAGGAUGGAAAGGGGAGGGGAGAGGAGUGGAGGUGGUAAGAAGACGAGGCUUUCUGAGGAUUGUGCAGAUAAGGUCGGGGAAAAUGGUGGUGAGGAGGGCGAGGAGGCGGAGGAGGGGGGGCAGAGGGUGACAGGAGAGAAGAAGGGAGACGAGGAUGGGUUAACAGAGGGGGAGGAUCCGCAGCAGGAGAGGAGGGAGGAGGAAGAGGAAGAGGAAGAGGAGGAGGAAGAAGAGGAGGAGGAUGUGGAAGAGUUGGUGCUAAUGGCAGCACUGGCAGGAGCGAGGCAGCAGCUUCAGCAAAGGGAAGGUUCACCUGAGGGAGGUUUAUCUGAGGAGGAUAUAAGGCCGUGGAAUCAAGUUUUCUUAUUCGACGAUGAGGCACGGGUCUUGAAGCACGGAUCUUGGAAAGAUCGGUUCACAGCGGGGCGCGUGUAUGCGGAGGUGCUGUGGCGAGGCGUGGGGUGGUUUGAGAAGCAGAAGAGGUACAACCAGGCAGUAUCAGACCUGAGGCUGCUCGCUGCUUCUCCCUCCUACCCCAGGGCCCGCCUAGGCGCCCUCUUCCUGCGCCUCUCCACUGACCUGGUCCACGUGGGGGAGCUGAAGGAGAGCCUGGAGGCCGCCAGGACGGGAGUGGCGGAGUGCGACAGGGACGUAAACAUGCCGCCAGGGGAUGUGCUGGCGCUGCAGCGCCGGGUGAUAUGGCUGGCGAAGCCGCCCGUUACCUGGAAGCGGCCGAGCUAUGUGUGGACAUUGGAGUGGCGAUGCAAGGAGGUGCGUUAUCAGUGUGCUAUCAAUUUGUACGGUUACGAGUGUGCUCUCAGGCGGGUCGUGUGGCUGGCUGGCGAAGCCGCCCGUCACCUGGAAGCAGCCGAGCUAUGUGUGCCGCCUCGUUUGUCUAUCCAGCCUCCUCACCUCGUCUCACUCACCUUAUCUCGCCCUUCCCCUCUCUCACCUGUGUUCCCUCCCUACCUCCAUACCUCCACACGUCGCAACACCAUACAGAUAAAAAUCGUGGGGCGGCCACUGAACAGGGAGGUGGGCGCGCGAAGCCGCUUCUACAGCAUGGCUCCCGUUACAGUCACACGCCCACCCGCUACAGCCACACCCGGACCUCCCCAGAACUCUGAAAAUCCCCACACGGGAGAAGAUGCAAGAGGCGGCGACUGCGAGGAGGCAGCACCUGUUCCGUGGUGGGACGGGCAGUGCAGCGUAGAGGAGCUGGCAUUGCAGCAUUACGCCAGUGAGGAGGGCGGCGGGUGGAAGGGAGUGCACUGCGAGGGCUCCCUGUGGUCGACCCUGUUCAAGAUGCUUUUCUGGGAUGUCAUCUUCGCGCCUGUUCCCGACGUCUUUCACCAUCCAUUCCAGGCAUCGCCCAGGGAAUUGUGGGACCAGCAGUGGUACGCAGAGUGGAGUAGCAGCAGCAACAGAUGGUGGGACGGGCAUCUUUUGAGGAUGAGGCGCCUCAAAAGGAUGAGGCGCCUCAAAAGGAUGAGGCGCCUCAAAAGGAUGAGGCGCCUCAAAAGCAUGAGGCGCCUCAAAAGGAUGAGGCGCCUCAAAAGCAUGAGGCGCCUCAAAAGCAUGAGGCGCCUCAAAAGCAGCAACAGAUGGUGGGACGGGCAUUGCAGCGUAGAGGAGCUGGCGCUGCAGCAUUGCACCAGCGAGGAGGGAGGCGGGUGGAAGGGAGUGCACUGCGAGGGCUCUCUGUGGUCGACCCUGUUCACGCUUCUCUUCUGGGAUGUCAUCUUCGCGCCUGUCCCUGACGUCUUCCAUCAUCCCUUUCAGACUGCCCCUCUGGACUUUGGUUCCGCACAGUUUGCGUCCAACCGGGCCGCUCUCAUUGAAGCUCGCCUGGUAGAGUUGAUAGGGGGGAAAUGCAGAGGCGAGUGCAUGCAAGUUGGAGGAAUGGGAGGAGAGGGAGGAAUGGGAGGAAUGGGAGGAGAGGUAGGAGUGGGAGUGGGAGGAGUGGGAGGAGUGGGGAGCACAUUUGGUGCUCCGGGUAUGGUCGGCACUCCUGUGGGCGGCACAUUUGGUGCUUUUCCUACAGGCGGCGUUUCUACGGGUGGCACAUUCGGUGCUUUACCUAUGGGCGGCACUCCUGUGGGCGGCACUCCUAUGGCCAGUACUCCUGUGGGCGGCACGCCUGUGGGCGGCACUCCUGUGGGCGGCACACUGGAUUCUUGUCCCAUGGUCGAAGCUUCUGGUGCAUGUGCGCUGGGCGGCACACUGGCGACUGUGAAGCUUCUGAGGGAGCGGUGGCAGGAGCACCACGGCACCAUGUGUGUGGGCCUGGAGCCUUUGAUCGCAAUCUGCGAGCGGCUGGCGGAAGGCUACAGUGCUUGGAGGGGCGGCAUGCCGGACCUGGUGCUCUGGAGGAGACGCCCGGCCGAACCUCAGCUUCGGGCCGCAGUGCAGGCUCGGAGGGACAUUCAGGAGUUGAAUGAGGUGCGAAGGAGUCAAUUGCCCACGUGGUUGGGAGAAAAUGUGCCAAGAGCUCUUCCUUCAGGGUUUUUCAAAGGGACGGGAGGGAAUUGGAAAGGGGGUUUGGGUGGGGGGAUAAGAGGAAAUUACUGGGGGGAGGUAAAGCUGGUGGAGGUGAAAGGGCCGAGGGAUGAGCUGUCUUGCCAGCAGACUGAAUGGCUGAGGGCACUGCAGAGCGAUGGGGUGGAUCACGAGGUGUGCAGAGUGGUGGAGAGGGAGGAGCAGAAGGUGCAGAAGCCGAGGAGGAAGAGAUGA